AUGGGCUCUCCCGGCUCCCGCCUGCUGCUGCUGCUGCGGCGGCGGCUGCUGCUGCUCCUCCUGGCGCUGCUCGUCGCCCCACACCGAGCCCUCCUCCUCCUCGGGGCCGCCGACGCCGGAGCGGAGGCCAGAUUCGGAUGCUUAUUUGAAGAUGACCUUUGCAAAUCUUUUGAGAUCUGCAUAAAUGAUGGAGUGUUUGGGAGGUGUCAGCAGGUGCCGGUGAUAGAUGUAUACAAAUACGAAGUUUCACCAGCCAUCUAUCAACGCUUGAGAAUUGUCUUAGAGAAACUGCUGCACAGAGGUUUUAACUGGCAAGAUGAUUACACACAACACAUUAUUGCCCGUGAACUCUCAAAUCUCCGUAAGAUCCAUGACUGGCACUCUGAGACAUUCUCAUCAGAGGAAUCAGAUUCACAAAGGCCCUCAAAGCAGAGUGCGGAUAGCAACAGGUGGAAUUUGGGUUUGGAGAAAGAUGUGAACUUUGUGAAGUCUCCUCAGCAAUACCUUGCUUACCUGGAUAUUCUCUCUCAGUUUGGAACUCCAAAUUUAUAUUCAAGGAUAAAGGGUAACAAAGCCACUGUUAAGGUUGAUGCCAUCCCUCCUGACUCUAUAAUUAACUACAUGGUACAGAAUUCGAAAGGAAGAGCAUCUGCUUUGACACAUUCAACGGCAGCCCAUUCGAAAUACACUGAAGACCUCCCAAUGAGAACCUUCAACCAACCUCAGAAAGAUAAAUUUCCAGUGAAGUCGGAAGAACAGAUUGAUAGAAAGGCUCUCUUGACAGCACUAAAUGCCUACAUCGCUCAAAAGGUGGCAGCUAACAAUCUAGAUGGACGUUUUUCUUUUAGCAGGACUAAUGGAGUUUCCUCCUAUAAUAGUAUGCUCAAGCCUCCUCAGAUGGACCAUCUUGAUGGGACAUUGCCAAAGGACAAAAUGGGAGAUUUUGAGAUGAGACCAUUGCUCCAACAAAGGCCUGGGUCUGGACUGGUAGUACCUGGCUCUGCUCAGGAUGAUCUGAGGGCCCCUCUAACUACAGUGGAUGAAAUAUUUAUACAAGACGUUCUGAGGGACUUGAAGAAACAUCAUGUGGAUGUAGAUAAAUUGAACCCGACGGAGCUGGAUCGGAUGGCUGAUGUAAUCGCGGAUGCCAUUGAGGCUGUUGAUGCAGAUGAAGAAAAGAAAAAUGCUGCUGGGAGUGUUGAAGGAGAGUCAUUGGGAAUGGGUGCAAAUGAAGAAGGAAAAACGGACUAUGAGGCAGGAUUAAUGGAAGAAGGUUAUCAGAUGCAAGAUGCCGGAAUACAGAAAGACGAUGUCAGGGAUAAAAACAAGGAGAACCAUUUGGAUGCAAAACUAUUUAGUUUCCUGAAAAAGAAUGUGGCGAUGGAAAAUCUGCCUAAGGAACCUUUGCCCACCGAGUCCUUGAAAACAGAAAUCAAGAAGUCAGAGGAUUUAGAUUUCUCUUCCUCUGAAGAAGUGAAGGCUGGGGUUGAAAAUGUAAAGAGUGAAACAUUCUCAAGGGAACUGAUAACUGAAAAGAAAGCUGAGUUGGAACCAGACUCUGAAGAGCUGAGGGAGCGUCAUCAUUGGAUUAAGAAUACUUUGAUUCAAGAUGAAAGUACUUAUGAAGAAACGCAAAAUAAGUUGGGAGAAGGCCUACAGCUAGAUGCAGAGUCUUCUAAAGAAGAGGAAUACGGCUACAUUGUGACAGAAAAAGACCCUCUGAGUGAAGAAAAAGGUCUGGAGUUAAUAAAGGAAGUUGCGGACCUUCUGAAGCUGCAGAUGACUGCCUUUGCUGAUGUCAACAUUCUGGGGCCUGCGGUGACCUUCAAAAUAUACUCGGAUGGCCACAAUACCACCACUGCUGAUGUUGCCAAAGCAGCAGCUGAAAACAAAGAGAAGCUUGAAAAAGCAACAGGACUGAAAAUUUUGCAGAUUGGCAUGGGGGAGAAAAGCAAGCUGCAGUUUUUGCCCCAGCACGCCGGACAAGAAGAAGAUGCCACCAAAUUCAUCAUAUUAACGCUCCUCUCCAUCGCUUGUAUUUUUGGGAUCCUUGUGGCCUCCGGGGUCAUCUACUGCCUCCGCCACAGCUCACACCACAAACUGAAGGAGAAGCUGACCAGCCUGGGUUCCAAUUCGGGGUCGGAAGCGACCGCCGCUUAUCAGGAGCUGUGCCGUCAGCGUAUGUCAGUAAAAUCAUCGGAUCACUCCGAGCCUCUGCAUAAUUCUCGUAUCAAUAGCAUAUCUUCUCAGUUCAGUGAUGGGCCCAUCCCGAGUCCUUCUGCACGGAGCAGCACGUCAUCCUGGUGUGAAGAACCGGUCCAGUCUAACAUGGACAUCUCCACUGGUCACAUGAUAUUGUCAUAUAUGGAAGAUCACUUAAAGAACAAGAAUCGUCUGGAGAAAGAGUGGGAAGCUCUUUGCGCUUAUCAAGCUGAGCCCAAUGCAACCACCAUUGCCCAAAAGGAAGAAAAUAUCCAGAAGAACCGCUUGCGAGAUGUAGUGGCAUAUGAUCAUUGCCGGAUAUGUUUGAAAGCUGAAAACAGCCAUGACAAUUCAGAUUACAUCAACGCAAGUCCAAUUAUGGACCAUGACCCUCGGAACCCUGCAUACAUUGCUGCUCAAGGCCCCCUGCCUUCUACAGUCACAGACUUCUGGCAGAUGGUCUGGGAAAACGGCUGCGUCGUUAUUGUCAUGCUGACACCCCUUGCUGAAAACGGAGUCAAACAGUGCUACCACUAUUGGCCAGAUGAAGGGUCAAACCUCUACCAUAUCUACGAGGUAAACCUGGUCUCCGAGCACAUCUGGUGUGAGGAUUUCCUUGUGCGAAGCUUUUACUUGAAAAACCUGCAAACCAACGAGACUCGAACCGUGACCCAAUUCCAUUUCCUUACUUGGCAUGACCAGAACGUUCCUGGUUCUACAAGGUCCCUCCUGGAUUUUCGCAGAAAAGUAAACAAGUGCUACAGGGGUCGUUCUUGUCCAGUAAUAGUUCAUUGCAGCGACUGCGCAGGAAGAAGUGGAACCUACAUCCUAAUUGACAUGGUUCUCAAUAAAAUGGCCAAAGGUGCUAAAGAGAUUGAUAUUGCUGCUACCCUGGAGCACUUGAGGGACCAGAGACCUGGCAUGGUAGAGACAAAGGAACAGUUUGAGUUUGCAUUGACAGCUGUGGCUGAAGAAGUUAAUGCGAUACUGAAAGCACUUCCGCAGUGAGCAACUCGUCGUCCUUGGAGGUUC